AUGAACAGUUGGAAUGAACCGUACAAUAAGUUUGAUCUUACUAUUAUUUCCUUAGGUUAUUUGGUAUGCUUACUGUUUGGUUAUUCAUGUAAAACACUAAAGAAACUAAAUUCAUGGACACAUAACAUUGUACUGGUACUGUACGUUGGUCUUGCUUUACUUGGACUAGCAUGGCUUUGGAACCUUGGUGUAGUUGAAUUGUUUUCUACAUUGUUUUACCGUGUUUUUGAACGAUCUUCUACAAGGUAGGUAAGAUAACUUUAUAUCAAUGACGCUUUUAGGACUUGCUUGUUAUUAUUCUGGGCGAUCAAUGUGUUUGCAUCUGUUGGUUUUUGUGUACGAACUGCAUAUUUUGUGAAUCACAUAACUACGACGCAUCGGAAGUUCUUUCAUGUCACGGUGUCGGCCGUAGCCAUCACAGGUUUCAUGUACGAUGUAGCUUUUGCUGUGAUUUGUGGUCAUGUCAUGAUCUGUAUCUUUAUAAUUUUGGAGGUAUGGUUUUGUCAAGACCUAGAGCUCAAUGUUGUAUAAAAUUUCAUUUUUAUUAGUUAUUAUAUUAUUUUAGAUCCUCCGAGUUCACAGAGUUCAACCGUGGUAUCACACUUUGGAUGCCAACAUGUUGCCGUUCUUGGACGGGCAGGACAACAAGAAUCUGGUCUUGACUCCUAUUCAUUUGAUAGCUGGAGUCUUCAUUCCUAGCAUGUUGCAGUAUCUUCUCUGUGGCUCAGUAACUACAGUAAGGGCAUCAUAUUACAGUGGUGUGAUUACAGUAGGCGUUGGGGACGCAUGUGCAGCUGUCGUUGGCAGUAACGUCGGUAGAAACAGAUGGGGAGUGAAGUGUCGCAAGUCUAUUGAAGGAUCAGUGGCUAUGUUAGUGGGGCAGGUAGUUAUCCACGCAGCUUUGUUUGGUGUACAUGAUCUGGGAGUUGGAAUCGUGGUCAUCUACAGCUUGAGUACGUUAUUAGAAGCGGCGUUAGAACGAGGGGACAAUAUAAUGUUACCUAUCUUUGCCUUCUUUCUUUUGAAACUGCGAGAAUGGUUCUUGUACCCAUAA